GGCAGUUCAAAUCUCAGAGAGAGGAGCCAGCGCAGCACUGAAGGACUGAGAGACCGAGAAAGAGGGACACAAAGGGGGGAGUGCCGCCGCGUGCGCGUUCAGACCGAGCUGCUCUGCAGAUUUCCGCCAAAGUUUCGAAUCUGAAGCGUUUUUAUUCUGUGUCCCAUGAGUGCUGCAAGCGUGCUCCCGUCUUUCAGUCCAUCAGCAAUGCCUGGCCCUGUAAUGCCUAUGGAUGUGGCCAUGAGAUUCUACAUCAGCCACUCUCCUCCUCUGAGGGGCUUCCUCAGCCCCUACGAUGACCUGCAGCGGGCCAAGAACAGGGCCAACCAGUCGGCCCGCAGCCACAGCCAGCAGCUCUACAAGCCACUGCGGCCGUGUCUGCAGAAGGCGGUCAGCGACGGCAGCUGCGUGGCCUGGAACAAGACCAAGGCCGGCAAGAAGAGGGUGGUGUUCGCCGACACCAAGGGCAUGGCGCUCACCAACAUCCACGUCUUCUCCAAGUUCGACGACGAGCCGUACCCCAUCAAGCAGAAGGACGAGAUCACGGAGGAGCUGCAGUUCGACAUGACUGACCUGGAGACGGCCACCAUGGAUCUAAAGAUCAGCUCUGUUCGCAGCCUGGCACUUGACUUUAAGCAGCCCUCCGCCGACUACCUGGACUUUCGGAACCGCCUGAUUCAGAACUCUGUGUGCCUGGAGAACUGCUCCCUGCAGGAGCGCUCGCUGACGGGGACCGUCAAAGUCAGAAACGUUGGGUUUGAGAAGCUGGUGCAGGUGCGCAUCACCUUCGACUCGUGGGCCAGCCACACCGACGUGGACUGCACCUUCCUGAACAACGUCUACAACUCCCAGGACAAUGACACCUUCGCGUUCGUGGUGGAGCUGCCCGCCUACGUGCCGCCGCAGAACCGGGUCGAGUUCUGCAUCCGCUUCACCGUCCAGGGCCAGACUUUCUGGGACAAUAACGACGGCAAGAACUACACCCUCAAACACAACGGAUGGAGCGGCGACGACGUCAGCAGAGCCGCCGAGCCGAAGCGGCUUCCGGAGCACAAAAACGGCGACGGGAAGGUGCUGGACCUGGGGUUCGACCAGUUCGGCAGUCCACGCAUGUCCAGCGGACUCUUCCCCGGCUGGCAGAGUUGGGGUCACUUUGACAACACCGUGCCUUACUGGUGAACGUCACUGACACCGAACAAGCCUUCCUUCUUUCUUAGCAGAAGUAGUACAAAAAACGCUCAACUGACCUACUUUCUGCCGGUCUUUGGGCCCGGUAAAUGAUUGAACAGCGGCUGCAGGAGGAGGGACCUUUUUGUAAAAUAUUAAAUGUGCCUUCUUAUCACGUCUGCCCACUAAAACACAGACUGAUGCAUGAGCUGAAUAUGCACUGACUGCGCUCUAUGUGACGUCUGUAUAUGAGGAAGGAAAAAGGAGCUGAUUACGUCCUUCAUAUUGAAGGGAAAGCUAGGGGGUGCAUGACAGUAGAAUGCUUCUUCUCUGUUCCAAGGAAAUUUUAGGUUAAUUUCUAAUAAAAUGUAUAAAAAAAGAGAAAAAAAUGCACACUAAACCUUUGCACCCUCCUAUACUGAUUUCUAAAAUGGGAGUCAUGCAGCCCUUGUUUUCCCUCCGUGUAAAUUGCACAUUGGUUGAAGUUGUAAUUUGAGGCGAGGAAGCUGCUAUAUUGAUGUGAGGUUUGAAAGGUUCUGCAUGUGAUGGGUUGCUUACAACACGGAAGAUGUUUGAUUGUUCUGGUAAGUGAAGAAAAGAAAUGAUGUGGAGAUCGAAUGUGUCGGUUGCUUGUGUUCACAAGUGCAAUUCUUAAUGUUGAGUGUACAGGAUGAGUGGCUGGAAUCCAGAUUUUUGUUUUUGAAACUUUUAGUCACUGUGAAGAAAAGGUCUAGACCCCGGCAUUUUGUGUCUCACUUGAAGGUGUGUGUUGCUGACGCGCGCCAUGAUUGUAAUGUAUUUACUUUUUGAAAUAAAUUUAUAUAUAUUUGUGUCAAAAUA